AUGGAAGCAGAUGAUUCGCAGGGUAUUCCCGUGCCGGACGCCUAUUUGGAGACGGUUGAGCAUCAUGGCAGGCUGUUCCAGAAGCACGCCUUGCAGCAUAAAAUAUACUUCGGCCCAGUUGAUGAGGAAGAAGCACAGCGACUCCAGCUUUUCCACCACGUUUUCCAUAUCCUCUUCGACAGGAGGCUCAUAUUCCCGGGUCCAAUACCCAACCCGCGACGCAUCCUUGACUGCGGCUUCGGCUCAGCAUCAUGGGCAAUCGAAGUUGCUGAUUCGUAUCCAAGAUGUGAAGUUAUCGGCGUGGACAUUGCAUCCCAAAUGAGUCCUCCCGACCUGCCCCCGAACCUAUACCUCGAAGUCGACGAUCUGAACCAAAGGCUUAACUUCAAUUCCUCUCAUUUUGACGUUGUACAUAGCCGAUGCGUAGCGGGAGGCAUCAACACAGGCAGGUGGGAUGAAUAUGCAAGAGAGUUGAACCGUGUGUUGGUUGCAGGUGGUUGGUGUCAGAUGGUUGAGGUUUACUUUAAUGCCCAGUCCAACAAUGGCACGUUGACGGAUGGUGAGUUUAUCCCAGGUGUCUUGGAUCAAGGGUCCUGGAACGAUGCUUCAUUCCUCUGGUCCGGCCUCGCUUCCACACUGCACAGCUUCCUGGAUGGAGACCCUCUUCCGAAGCCUCUUCUGACUGGGUUGCGGUUGGGGAAACUGUCUCGGCUGUACCUGCAGAGUCUCCAGCCUGAAAAGGACGCCAGAGUGGGCAUCCGGCUGGAGGGCCUGAUGAGAAAUGCAGGUUUCGAGAAUGUCGAGUCCCGAAUGAUGCAAUUGCCUCUGUGUGGAUGGCCAGACGGUUUGUCGCUAAACUGCUGCGGUGAUGAAGAUGGACUGACAAGACGGAGCCUAGAUGCGAGGGAAGAAGAGGUCGGAACCGCGAACCGUGAGAACAUGUCUCACCUUCUCAGUUCCCUGGCUAUCUACCCGUUUACCGAGCGGCUGGGGAUGUCCAUCACCGAAGUCCAAGUUCUCUUGGCUCAAGCCCGCAGAGAGGCACAAACCCUAGAGUUGAAAGCCUACUUUCCAGUAUACGUGUGCAUUGGCCAGAAAAGAAGAUAG